GUCAUUACUAUGCGUCGCGUUUUCCUCAGUGGUGUCUCGCUGUCUCGCCAAGUGCUGUCCUUGGGCUGGCCGGGUUCGCGUCACCCGCUGGCCUUGACCUCCGGCUCCUAGCGCUCCGACCCCACAGUGAAGGGUGCCGGACAGGCCCGGCCGUCGGGGCCAGGUGCUGAUGCUGAUCUUUGGUAGGAGAAGGUUGCUCACAGCUCUGCUGCAGGCUCAGAAGCCCUUUCAACCCUGCAGAAACAUGAGACUGGUGCAGUUCCAGGCACCGCACCUGGCAGGGCCUCGCCUGGGCCUCGAGUCAGGGAGUGGUGGUGACGUAAUUGACCUCAAUGCCUUUGACCCCACACUCCCCACAACAAUGAUACAGUUCCUGGAGCAGGGAGAGGCCUCCCUGUCCGUGGCAAGAAGGGCCCUGGCUGCGCAGCUGCCAGUCCUCCCACGGUCAGAGGUGACCUUCCUGGCCCCAGUCACACAUCCAGACAAAGUGGUGUGCGUGGGUUUGAAUUACGUGGACCACUGCAAAGAACAGAACGUGCCCGUGCCCAAGGAGCCCAUCAUUUUCAGCAAGUUUGGCAGCUCCAUCGUGGGGCCCUACGACGAUAUCCUCCUGCCACCCGAGAGCCAGGAGGUGGACUGGGAGGUGGAGCUGGCCUUCGUCAUUGGGAAGAAAGGAAAGCACAUCCAGGCCACAGAUGCCAUGGCUCAUGUGGCAGGCUUCACCGUGGCUCAUGACGUGAGUGCUCGGGACUGGCAAGUAAGACGCAAUGGGAAGCAGUGGCUAUUGGGAAAAACCUUUGACACCUUCUGCCCUCUGGGCCCCGCUUUGGUCACCAAGGACAGUGUAGCAGAUCCGCACAACCUGAGCAUCUGCUGCCGCGUGAACGGGGAGCUGGUGCAGAGCAGCAACACCAAGCAGAUGGUGUUCAAGACGGAGCAGCUCGUAGCCUGGGUCUCCCAGUUUGUCACCCUAUACCCGGGGGACGUCUUCUUGACUGGGACGCCUCCGGGCGUGGGGAUGUUCAGGAAGCCACCCGUCUUUCUCAAGAAGGGGGAUGAAGUCCAGUGCGAGAUUGAAGAACUUGGGGUCAUUGUCAACAAGGUGGUGUGACGGCUCCCGCACAGCCCAGAGUGGCACGGGAUGGCCACCUACUGCCGACCCAGUGCUGGGCUCCCCCAGGCUGCCCUUCAACAGCUGGGAGGAAGCUGGAAGCCUCUGCAAUAAACGUACUGAGCAGAGCAACAA